AUGUUGCGCGAAGUCAAGGCAAAGAACCCGCGCACUGCGCGCAUCCUCAAGGCGCGCGAGCCCCAACUCAUCGAACCCCCAAAGAAGACUCUACUGCUGCACGGCACAAAAUGCCCCCAGUCCCUCGACACCGUCUUGAAGACUUUCCACUCCCUCACAAAGCCCAAUUCCGUCCUGUUCCACAAGAAGAAUGAGAACCUUCACCCCUUCGAGAACACCGAGAGCAUGGAGUUCUUGGCAAACAAGAAUGAGUGUGGUCUGGUAGUCUUCGGAAGCAGCAACAAGAAGCGCCCCAAUUGCGUUACUCUCGCCCGAAUUUUCAACUCACAAACUCUUGAUAUCUGCGAAUUGAUUCUUCUCCCUCCCGCUGAUAAGAACGCCAUCCCACCCAUUAACGAGCUCAACAUGCCCGUUGGACUCGGCAUGCGGCCAAUGAUGCUCUUCUCUGGUAGCCCCUGGGAGGACCCGACAUCCUCUUCGCACGUUAUGCUGAAGAGUUUCUUCCUCGAUAUGUUCAAGGGUGAGGAAACCAACCAGAUCGACGUUGAGGGUCUCCAGUACAUUUUGAUGGUCGGCGCUGAGGAGCCCCGCGACAAUCUUUCUCCUGUCAUCCACCUGCGGUGGUACAAGGUUAUUACCAAGCGCAGCGGCCACAAGCUGCCUCGCGUUGAGUUGGAGGAGGUUGGUCCCAAGUUCGACUUCAAGAUCGGCCGCCAGCGCCCCGCUACCCCCGAGGCCAUGAAGGAGGCCAUGAAGCAGGGCAAGCGUCCCAACGAGGAGAUGCGCAACAAGAAGAACAUCACCCUGGACUCUAUGGGUGACAAGAUCGGUCGUGUCCACUUGGGCAAGCAGGAUCUGGGCGGUCUUCAGACCCGUAAGAUGAAGGGUCUCAAGCGUCGGGCGGGUAUUGACUCGGACGACGAGGAUGAGGACUUGGAGAUGAUGGAUGUGGAUGAGAUUUUAGAGGACGAAGGCCACAAGCGGGCUCGUACGGACUAG